GUCGACUGUCCUCUUUUUCUACCAUAUUAAAAUAUUGCGUUGUAUAUUCAAUUACUCAUUGAAAUGGUAUCAUAGUAACGAGUGGUGAUAAUAUUUCAAACUUGUGAAAGUGAGAUGAAUCUUGUACAUUUGAAAACUCUCAUACCAACACAAGAAUAUGAAGCUAAGGUACAGAGCCUUGCUUGGUCUCCAAAUAACAAGAAAAUAGCCGUAUGCACUAGUGAUCGAUUGGUAAUUAUUUUUGAUGAGAAUGGAGAGCGUCGUACACGUUUUUCUACAAAACCUUCUGAUUCAAAAAAUGAUGGAAAUUUAUUUCAAGUACGAGGCAUGGCAUUUUCUCAUGAUUCUAUCAAACUUGCUAUUGCACAGUCAGACAACAUAAUAUUUGUGUACAAAAUUGGAGAGUCGUGGGAUGAGAAAGUAGUAAUUUGCAAUAAAUUUCCACAAAAGUGUCCCGUAACAUGUAUUGCAUGGCCAGUAAAUCAACCCAUUAUUUGUGGCCUUGCUGAUGGCAAGGUUAGGGCUGCGAACACUCGUACAAAUAAAUCAUCCACUAUAUAUAAUGCUGACUCUUAUGUUGUUUCAAUUUCAGCGAAUAUUUCGGGCAAAGGAUUUAUUUCUGGGCAUGCAGAUGGGAAAAUAAUUCGAUAUUUUUUUGAUGAUGAUGGUUCAGGUGACGCUCAGGGGAAACUUACGACUCACCCCACAGCCCCGUAUGCUUUAGCAUGGGCUGGUUCCACAAUUCUAGCUGCUGGCUGUGAUAAACGUAUCUAUGUCUAUAACAGAGAGGGAAAGCUUGUACAGCAACUCGAUUACAGCAAAGAUGAAAGUGAAAAGGAAUUUACUAUUGCGUCAUGCAACCCUAGUGGACAUGUCGUUGCAUUCGGAAGCUUUAACCGCAUUCGUGUGCUCUCAUGGAGCCCUCGUAAAGGUAAAUGGGAUGAAUGUAAGUUAAAAGAAAUAAAAAAUUUGUACACUAUAACGGCUAUUGCCUGGAAGCAAGACGGUUCAAAAUUGGUUGUUGGGACCUAUUGUGGUGGGGUUGACAUAUUUGACUGUUGUGUGAAAAAGAAAUUAUACAAGAAAAUUUUUGAAUUAAAUUAUGUUGGACCAAGUCAAGUUAUUGUAAGAAACUUGGAAUCCGAUGACACAAUUGUUCUUCAGUCGAAAUUCGGCUAUGAAAUCGACGAUGUAAAAGUAAUGGGUAAAAAUCGAUACUUGGUCACACAUACAUCAAAUACACUGAUACUUGGUGAUCUUCGUGCGAAUCAGUUAAGUGAAGUUCCAUGGAGUAGAAAGAACCCCAAGGAGCGCUUCUAUUUUGGUUAUAAUAAAUUUUGCAUAAUAUUUGGUUCUGGUGAAUUGUAUGUGAUUGAAUAUGGAGUUAAUGAAAUAUUAGGCUCAGUUAGAACUGAAUUUACCACUCCGUUUCUAAUAAGUGUUCGAGUGAACGAACGAAAGUCCAGCAAUAAUUGUACAUGUAAAAAAAUUGCCUAUAUGUUAGAUCUGAAGACAAUAGCUAUUUUCGAUUUUAUAACAGGGUCAAAUGUUGCACACGUUUCUCAUGAUAGAAAAAUUGAUUGGAUUGAAUUAAAUGAAACUGGACAAAAGCUACUUUUUCGAGACAAGAAGCUUCAACUUAUUCUAUUCGAUAUAGAAACAGGUGUAAAAGUUAUGCUACUUAACUUUUGCUACUAUGUACAGUGGGUUCCUCAGAGUGAUGUCAUAAUUGCUCAGUCCAAAGAUAGUCUUUGCAUUUGGUACAACACUGAAUCGACUGACAGAAUGACAUCAAUCCCAUUGAGAGGCGGAGAUAUCACAGAUGUCGUACGUCAGAAUGGCAGGACUGAAGUUUUAAUAAAUGAAGGUGUGAACUCUGUUGCUUAUGCUUUGGACGACAGUCGUAUUGAAUUCGGUACUGCAAUGGAUGAUGGAGAUCUCGAAAGAGCAGUUUCAUUUUUGGAAAGCCUAGAUGUAACACCUGAAACAAAAUCUAUGUGGACUAAACUAGGAUUUGCCUCUUUAAAAACGGGAAAUUUACUAAUUUCAGAACAGUCCUUUGCUUCUUUAGGUUGUGUGAGCAAGUCACGAUAUUUACGGCAAACUCGAAACCUAUUAAUGGAAAACAAAUUAUCCAAGUCAAAUGUUCAGGCAUGCAUUGCUAUCCUUGAGAAAGACUUUCGAGCAGCCGAGAACAUAUUUUUAUCACAAAAUUCUAUUGAAGAUGUCGUAAAAUUAUACAAGGAUCUACUUAAAUGGGAUGAUGCUAUUGAGAUUGCCGAAGCUAAAAAUUGGUCUGGUUUGGACAAACUCAAGAAAGAUUAUCACCAUUGGUUGACGGAAACUGGACAAGAGGAGAAAGCUGGUGAUUUACGUCAAAAAGAUGGUGAUUUUAAUGGUGCAAUAACAUUAUAUCUUCGUGCUGGCGUACCUGGUAAAGCCGCACGUUUAGCAUUAACUGAACCAGAAAUUUCAUCAGAUAGAGUACUGGUGGAAAGAAUCAUUAUGUCAUUAACUCAAUGUGAACUGUAUGAAAAAGCUGGUGAACUAUAUCAAAAUUUGGGUCAAUCAGAGAAUGCAUUGCGUUGUUAUCGUCAAGGUAAUUGUUAUCAAAAAGCAAUCGAAUUAGCUAGAAUAUCUUUUCCAUCAAAUGUAUUACAAUUAGAAGAAGAAUGGGGUGAUUAUUUAAUGACAAAACAACAAAUGGAUAAUGCAAUUAAUCAUUUCAUUGAAGCUGGUGCAUACAUUAAAGCUACUGAUGCAGCAAUCAAUUCUUGUCAAUGGACAAAAGCUUCUCAUAUAUUAAAUUCAAUGGAAAAUAAAAAAUCCUCUGAACAAUUAUCACCAUAUUUUCUUAAACUUGCUCAACAUUAUAUUGGAUGUCGUGAAUACAAUGCAGCAGAACAAGCAUUUAUUAAAGCGAAUCAAUCAAAAUUAGCUAUUAAUAUGUAUAUUUCAAUAGGAAUGUGGGAAAAAGCACAUCAACUCGCAUCUUCAAUUAUGGAUCAAACAGAAUUAACUAAUAUGUAUUUGUCACAUGCUGAAGAAUUUGAAAAAAUUGGCAAUUACAAAGAAGCUGAACGUUUAUACUUAACUGUUAAAGAAACUGAUCGAGCAAUAACCAUGUAUAAAAAUACACGUCAAUAUAGAGAGAUGUUACGUUUAGUUAAACAAUUCAAUGCUGAUUUAUUAAAUCAAACUUAUUUACAUUUAGCUGAACAAUUUCAAAGUGAAGGCAAUUUUAAACAAGCAGAACAGUAUUAUUUAGAGGCUAAAGAUUGGAAAUCAGCUGUAAGUAUGUAUCGUACAAUUGAUCGAUGGGAAGAUGCUUAUCGUAUUGCAUCAAGUUGUACAGAACAACCGGAAUUACGCAAACAAGUAGCAUAUUUAUGGGCAAAACAUUUAGGUGGUGAAUCAGCAGUACGUUUGUUAACACGUUUAAGUUUAAUAGAAAAUGCUAUUGAUUAUGCAACAGAACAUUGUGCAUUCGAUUUUGCAUUUGAAUUAGCUCAAUCUGGUUCUUGCACUGAACGCUUACCUGAAGUUCAUAAUAAAUAUGCAAUGUUCUUGGAAGAUGAGGGAAAAUUUACGGAAGCUGAAGAACAGUUUAUCAAGGCAGGUAAACCUAGAGAAGCAGUACUUAUGUAUGUUCACAAUCAAGACUGGGAUUCAGCUGCACGUGUUGCUAGUGAACAUGAUCCAGAUAGUAUAAAUGAUGUAUUGCUUGGACAAGCUAGAUUAGCAUUUGGAGAGAAAGAAUUCGCUCAAGCUGAAGCACUUCUCUUAAGAGCUCAACGUCCUGAUAUGGCAGUACGUGUAUAUCGUGAGGCAGGUAUGUGGGAAGAAGCAAUACGGGUAGCUGAAACAUAUUUACCUAAUCGAGCUGAAGAGCUAAAGGAAGAACUACGCGAAGAAAGAAUGCAUGCAAUAACGGGUGGACCAAGAUUAUCCAAUCGUAAACAAUCUACUGAUGAUCGAAACACAUCAUAUUCAGCAAUUAAUGAAUUGAAGAAUUCAACUACAAAUACUUAUUUUAUACAAGCAAGAAAUUAUGAAUCCAAUGGGGAAUAUUUACGUGCAGUUGAAUAUUAUUUAAAAAUUACUCCUAAUACAAAUUCUAUGGAUAAUAAUCCAAAUGAUUCAAUUAAACAAUCUAUUACACCAGAUUUAUGUGAAAAUGCUUGGUUACAUGCUGUUAGUUUAGCAGUGAAAUUUUUACCAACUGAUAGUUCAGUUAAAGUGACUGAAUUAGUAGCUUCACGUUUAGCAUCAAUUCAACGCCAUACAUUGGCUGGUGAAUUACUUUUAAGUAUUGAUAAAAUACAUAAAGCUAUUGAUGCAUUUAUUGCUGGUGAGAACUGGUCAAAGGCUAAAUGUGUAGCACGUGAAUUAGAGCCACGUUUAGAAGUAUAUGUUGAAGCAAAAUAUAAAGAAGCAUUAAAAAUAAAGGGACAAGCUGAUACAUUAGCUAGUGUUGACAUAAAUUCAGCUUUAGAUAUGUAUGCAGAACAAGGUAAAUGGGAAAAGUGUUUAUCUACAGUGGAACAAUUAUUAAAUGAAGCAAAACAAACCGCUAAUGGUCACAGUAUGAAGGGUAAUGGAAAUAACACUAAUACAUUGUCAUCAUCAAAUGUUUUAAAAGAAUAUCAACGUUUACAUAAAUAUGUUGCUGUGUAUGCAGCUAAUUUAAUUAAAGAUUCACGUGUUUACGAUGCUAUGUUAUUAUAUAAAAAAUAUGGUACACCAGCAUAUAAGCAAAAUUUCAAUAUUUAUAAACGUAUAUUUCAAGGCAUAACAAGUCAACGUGGUCUAUACGGAUCAGAUGCUUAUCCAACAUGGUCAACUUUACGUGAUAUUUUAUUUGAUUUAAAUCAAAAUCUUAAACAAACCAAAUCUGAUAUACAACCAGAAAUUAUAAAAUUAUUUGAUCGUAUGCUUUUAGUGACACAUUAUUAUGCUAUUCGUUCAGCUUUAUUAUCAACACAACAAGAUGUUAAAGAGAUCGUUACACAAAUUAAUGUAUCACUUCUUCGACAUUCUGAUAUAUUACCAGCUGAUAAAGUAUUCUAUGAAGCUGGUAUUGAUUGUCGUCAAAUUGGAUGGAAUAAUAUGGCUUUUGUAUUUUUAAAUCGUUAUUUAGAUUUAGUUGAAGCUAUUGAAGAUCCAGAUAAUUCGUCUAAUACUUUAGACAGUUCAGAUUUUCAAGGUACUGAUAUACCUAUGGAAGUUCCUAUUCCAGAACAUCUUUAUACAACACAUAAAGAACAUGAAUCAAUACGUGAAUGGAUAUUAGCUAUAUCAAUGGAUCAUAAAUUUGAUCAAACAUUACCAAAAGAUGAAAGAGGUGUUUAUAUAGCUUCAUUAAAUUCACCUAAUAUUGGUUUAUCUUCAUUACCAUGUAUUAUUACAGGUUAUCCAAUACUUAGAAAUGGUAUUAUAUUUGAACCAUCUAAAAGAGCUGCUAUUCAAACAAAUUGGAAUAAAUUUUUGUAUAUAAUAAAAAUGAAUAAAACAUUUGAAUGUUUAAAUGUAAAAGAAUUCAUUGAACAAUGGUGUGGUACACCUACAUAUAAUAAAUGAAAUGUAAUAUAAUAGAAAAGGAAUACUUCAAAUACUUGUUUCCCUUUCAUUCCUAUUACUUACUUACUUAC